ACUGUAGGAAUAGACAAGAAAAUAAAAAUUUUUAAUAUAAUAGUAAAUGACAGGGAGUAAUUUGGUCGGAGCUGAUUGAUAACGGGCGGAUUAGUUGGCACAUGGCAUCAACUGGGUUGUAGUGAACUUUGCCACAGUGUUCAGAUCUAUAAUAGAGGACUAGGUGAUUCUGACCCACGUUUGCUUAAUAUCGCCGGUAUUAUCGGUUCUUUAUAUCGGACGCUGUCAGUAUGCAGGCUGCUAGUGUGAGUGAUGGUAAGUCUGACUGUAAAUCGGAUCUGAAUGGAUGUAUGGGUCACAUCCCCGCUAUCAGAGAUCUGAUCGAGAUGAAUGGGGACGAUGAUUCAGAGGCAGAAUCUUACAUGCAUGGUCGGACUGAAGGUGUGGAUCCAGAAACCAAAACCCGAGCUUACACAUGGUGCAGGGACUUUCUGUCCGGGGCCUGGAAGAACAUAUCAGAGGAGGACUUCGAGAUCAGCAUCAUUAGUGGCGGACUCAGCAAUUUGCUCUACAAAUGCAGCUUACCUGAUCACGUGAAGCCGGUUGGAGCCGAACCUUCACUAGUGCUGCUGCGCAUCUAUGGGGCCAUUUUACAGGGGGUGGACUCUUUAGUCUCCGAGAGUGUAAUGUUCGCCAUCCUGGCAGAGCGAGAGCUCGGUCCUCGUCUUUAUGGCAUCUUCCCAGAGGGCCGAUUGGAACAGUUUCUUCCUAGUAAACGCUUGUGCACCGAGCAGCUGCAGCACCCAGACAUCUCGGCUGAAAUAGCCAGUAAGAUGGCCCGAUUCCACCGCAUGGUCAUGCCCUUCAAUAAGGAGCCCAAGUGGCUGUUCCAGACCAUGGACAGGUAUAUGGAUCAGAUCAAGAAUAUUACAUUUGUACGUGAGGCUCACAUCAAGAAGUUCAAGAAGCUGAUGAAGUACGACCUUCCAGCUGAGCUGCUGAAUUUAAGGGCGCUCCUGAAAGAGACUGCUUCUCCUGUCGUGUUCUGUCACAAUGAUGUACAGGAAGGAAACGUUCUGAUGUUGGACGGCCGUGAUCGGAAUUCCACGGAUAAACUGAUGCUCAUCGACUUUGAGUACAGCAGCUACAAUUACAGGGGGUUUGAUUUUGGGAAUCAUUUCUGUGAGUGGGUUUAUGACUACACCUACGACAAAUGGCCCUUUUAUAAGGCAAACCUGGACAACUACCCAAACCGUGAACAACAGCUGCACUUUAUUCGACACUACUUGUCUGAGAGUGAAGAUACUGGACAUGAAGAUCAAGCCAAGAUUGCCGAGGAGAUAAUCAUUGAGGCGAACAGAUUUGCUCUAGCCUCACAUUUCUUCUGGGGACUGUGGUCGAUCGUUCAAGCUAGGAUUUCCAAAAUUGAAUUCGGUUAUAUGGACUACGCCCAGCACAGGUUCGAUUCAUACUUCAAGCAGAAGAAGCUGUUUGCAUAAUUCUGCUCUCCAAGCUUUCCGGAAGGAUUGUACUAUAGAAGAACACAUUUAUUUUGCUUCUCAGCUCUUGCUUUUUAUUUUUACUUUUUCAUGAAAGAGUGACGUAAAUGUGAAGAAACCUUGAACGGUUCCGCUGUGGAAUGAGUGGUCAGAUCAUUUUAUUAUGUGAGAAGUUCGACUGAAAUGAAUUCCUUUGACUGCAUAGAGCACAAAUCUUCAAUACUGCGGCCUGUAAUAAUCUGAGCACCUACUGUUCUGUGUGUGUUAACUCUCCUGUCAUGUAAUAUUGGAAUAUUCAUUAUUUAUUUAAACGUUUUAAGCAUUUUUGAAGCUGAUUCUUAUAUGUUAAUCCUGUGUGUAAUUUAGCACGGUUGCCCAUGUAGACCUUUAAUCCCCUUAUAUACAGAAGGGUCCAAACUCGUUUUCUCGGUUUAUUUGUUUCAUUUACUGCCUGAAACCUACUUCAGUCUCUUCUCAUCCCCCUCUCUGCCCUCAUUAAGCUAAUGUAAAGAAACGACUGUAAUUAGGCGGUUAUUUUCUUCUUCCUUAAGCUUAAAAUGUACUGAUGCUUUUCAGUGCUAUUGGAAACUUGACUGAACACCACAGGUAAUCAAACUGCUGUGUAAGUGCAACCUGUACAAACCAGACGGCUUGUAUUUUCACUUGGAGAUGUGCAAAACCACUUUUUGGUUGUGUGUAUUUAAAACAGAAGUGUUUCAAAUCAGCCUGUAAUUAAUUUGGAGACACAGUGAUAUUAUUUAGACUGGGUUCAUAUUGUUGCGUUCAAUUAUUAUGGGAUAAAAAUGCAGCUUUUUAUCCCACUUUUAUUUUGGCUGUCUGCUUGCACUAUAUGUCUAUUUAAAUGUGUAAUUUGCUGUAGCGUAUAUUUAUUUCUAUGUUAAUUGUUACCCUGUGAGCUUUUCAUUUUAAUGAUUAUUUUCUCGUUUGCAGUGUUUUUGUUUGCUUAUUUAUUAAUUUUGAGUGUCCGUCCAAAGAAAUUCAUCCCUAAAUACAAAAUGUGAAAGCCAUAGUGUUGGUGUGGACCCACAGAAAGGACAGGAACAGUGGUCAGAAAGCAUGAUUUGUGGUGUGACUUUUAGAUAGCUUCUCAUCUCUCUAAGUGUAUGCAGUUAUGUGUGAAUUGUAUGUAAUUUAGUAGAAAAAGCCAGUGGUAGCUCAGCGGUUAAAGUACUGGACUAGUAAUUAGAAGGUCCCUGCAUGGUUAAAGCACCACUACCAGCAGGUUGCCAGUGUUGGGCUUUUGAGCAAGACCAUUUACCUUUAUUUGCUUGCAUUGUUUAUGGUCAGAAAUGAAAAGUGUCUGCUAAAUGCUUUAAAUGUAAAAAACAAGGACGUAUACACAUACAAGGGAGCAAAUGAAUACUGGUCCAUGUGUAUUCAGUGUGUCCCUUCACUUACUGACUAAUAGUGUGAGGCUUUUAUUGACACUGGUUUUAAAUGUCUCAUCUGGUUUUAAUUUAUCCCAUUCAUAAGGGGCCAUGUGAGUAUGGGGCAGGGUCCAAAUUGCAAUAAACAUGUGCAUUCUUUUAAUUCAUUAAAACACUUGGUGACUUAA